GGCUCAGGUGAGAUCAGUCGGUCGGUCGGUCGGAGGUGAAGAUGGCGAACUCCGGGUUACAGAUGUUGGGAUUCGUCCUUGCUCUGAUUGGAUGGAUCGCUCUGAUCGCAGCGACUAUAAUGCCGCAGUGGAGGAUGUCAUCGUACGCCGGGGACAACAUUAUCACCGCGGUGGCCAUUUAUCAGGGGCUCUGGAUGUCCUGUGUCACCCAAAGUACCGGGCAGAUCCAGUGCAAGGUCUACGACUCCCUCCUCCAGCUCGACGCUGCCCUGCAGGCCACCCGCGCCCUCAUGGUGCUCUCCAUUGUUCUCGGGGUCGUCGGCAUGGCCAUCUCCACCAUGGGGAUGAAGUGCACCAAAUGUGGGGGUGAUGACAAGGUGAAGAAGGCGCGGAUCGCCAUGACCGGAGGCUUCAUCUUCCUGCUGGGGGGUCUGGCGGCCCUCAUUGCCUGCUCCUGGUAUGGAAAUCAAAUCAUCCGAGACUUCUACAACCCUCUGACUCCCGUGAAUACAAAGUAUGAAUUUGGUGCCGGCGUAUUCCUUGGCUGGGCUGGCUCAUUCUUGACCCUGAUUGGUGGUGCUCUCCUGGCCUGCUCGUGUCCCCGGAAAACUACUGGCUACGCCACCAAAGGUUACCCAAAGACGGGAGGAGCGCGGACCAAGGCUUCAUCAGCGGGUGGCAAGGAAUAUGUCUGACCUCAAGGCGUGGCUGAAGUGGUGUCUUGCCGGCUUCCAUCUGACUCCACACUUCCAUAAUGAAGGAUUCCUGAGCAGAGGCGGUGAGCCGCCAUGGUUUCUCCUCUGCGGUGUGGAGACGACGGGCGGACGCCAUAUUUGUUCUGCCUUUCCAGGACUGUAAAUUGUGUGGUCACACGGAGUACGGAGCCGAGCGCUUAACUCCUCGCUUCAGAGUAACUUUGCACCAUUGUGUCUUAUGAAAUGUAACUGGUCUGUUCUAA